UAUUUCGCUGCAGAUUACACAUAUCUAGAGCUAGAAGAAGCUAAUUGCGCCGUGGCCGGAGCAAUGCGCGCGGUGGCAUGGCGCGUCGGUUGACGCGGACAUGAGGCGUUCGCCGCGCGCGGCUGCCGCGGCGGUGCUGCCGGUUUUGCUGCCGCUGCUGCUGCUGCUGCUGAAUUGGGCAGCGGCGCCGGUGGGCGCGGCGACGGCGGCGGAGACGCGGGCGCUGCUGGAGUUCAAGGCGGCGGUGACCGCGGAUCCGGGCGCGGUGCUCGCGAACUGGACGCUGGGCGGCGACCCGUGCCGCGACUUCGGCGGGGUCUCCUGCUACCCCGCGUCCGGCGCCGUGCAGCGGCUGCGCCUCCACGGCGAGGGCCUGGAGGGCGUGCUCUCCCCGUCGCUCGCGCGGCUCCCCGCGCUGGAGUCCGUCUCGCUCUUCGGCAACCGCCUCUCCGGCGUGAUCCCGGCGAGCUUCGUCGGCCUCGCGGCCACGCUCCACAAGCUCAACCUCAGCGGGAACGCGCUCUCCGGGGAGAUACCGGCGUUUCUUGGCACUUUCCCUAUGCUGCGGCUGCUCGACCUCUCCUACAACGCGUUCUCCGGCGAGAUCCCGGCGACUCUGUUCGGCGAGUGCCCCCGCCUCCGCUACGUGUCGCUCGCGCACAACGCGCUCACCGGCCGCGUCCCGCCGGGCAUCGGCAACUGCGUUCGCCUCGCCGGAUUCGACUUCUCCUACAACAACCUCGACGGAGAGCUGCCCGAUAAACUGUGCGCGCCGCCGGAGAUGAGCUACAUUUCUGUCCGGAGCAACUCGCUCUCCGGCGCCAUUGACGGCAAGCUCGACGGCUGCCGAAGCCUCGACCUGUUCGACGUCGGGAGCAACAGCUUCUCCGGCGCCGCACCGUUCGGCCUUCUCGCCCUCGUCAACAUCACCUACUUCAACGUCUCCUCCAACAACUUCGCCGGCGAAAUCCCGAGCAUCCCGACAUGCGGCGACAGGUUCGCCUACCUCGACGCGUCCAGGAACAAGCUCACCGGCUCGGUGCCGGAAACCAUGGCGAAUUGCCGCAACCUGAUGCUACUCAAUUUGGGGGCCAAUGGACAGGGCCUCACCGGCGGCAUCCCUGCGGCGCUGUCGCAGCUGAAGAACCUGAAUUUCCUUGACCUCUCGGAGAAUGCGCUCACCGGCGUGAUCCCGCCGGAGCUCGGCGACCUCUCCAACCUGGCACACUUCAACGUGUCCUUCAACAACCUCACCGGCUCAAUCCCAUCUUCUCCAUUGCUGCAGCAGUUCGGCCCAACGGCAUUCAUGGGCAAUCCAUUCCUCUGUGGUCCGCCAUUGGACCAUGCCUGUCCAGGCCGGAACGCGAGGCGAUUGGGAGUGCCGGUGAUAGUCGCCAUCGUCAUCGCAGCCGCCAUACUCGUCGGGAUCUGCAUCGUAUCUGCCAUGAACAUCAAGGCAUACAAGAACAAGAGGAGGAGGGAGCAGCAGCAGCACGACGACGAGGAGGAGAUCCUCGUCUCCGACAGCGCGGCGAUCGUGUCGCCGGGAUCAACCGCCAUCACCGGAAAGCUGGUGCUCUUCAGGAAGAACAGCUCGGCAUCGAGGUACGAGGAUUGGGAGGCCGGGACCAAGGCGGUGCUCGACAGGAACUGCCUCGUCGGCGUCGGGUCAGUCGGCGCCGUGUACAGGGCCAGCUUCGAGAGCGGCGCCUCCAUCGCCGUCAAGAAGCUGGAGACGCUGGGGAGAAUCACGAGCCAGGAGGAGUUCGAGCGUGAGAUGGGCAGGCUACGUGGCCUCACCCACCCCAACCUUGUCACCUUCCAUGGCUACUACUGGUCACCCUCGACCCAGCUUCUUCUCUCCGAGUUCGUCGACAAUGGCAGCACAUUGUACGAUCACCUCCACGGCAGCCGUCGCCGUGCGGGCCCGGCGAGCACCGGCGGUGAUGGCGGCGGCCUGCCAUGGGAACGGCGGUUCAGGAUCGCGGUGGCGACGGCGCGCGCGCUCGCGUACCUUCACCAUGACUGCAAACCUCAGGUACUUCACCUCAACAUCAAAUCAAGAAACAUCCUGCUGGACAACGAGCACGAAGCGAAGCUCUCAGAUUUCGGGCUAUCCAAGCUUCUGCCCGAACCGAGCAACCUACCAGGCUACGUGGCGCCGGAGCUAGCGUCGUCGUCGAUGAGCUCGAGGCACGGCGGCGACAAGUGCGACGUGUUCAGCUUCGGGGUGGUGUUGCUGGAGAUGGUGACGGGGCGGAAGCCGGUGAGCAGCCGCCAUGGACGGCAGGGCACGGUGUUGGUGGUGGUCCUGCGCGACUACGUGAGGGAGAUGGUGGAGAGCGGCACGGUCUCAGGCUGCUUCGACCUGAGCAUGAGGAGAUUCGUCGAGGCUGAGCUGGUGCAGGUGCUGAAGCUGGGCCUCGUGUGCACCUCCGAGUCGCCGUCGCGGCGGCCGAGCAUGGCCGAGGUGGUGCAAUUCUUGGAAUCCAUUAGAGGCAGUUCAUGACUAACUAUAAUUAAAUUGAUUGGACAUGCUCACCUGUCACUGUCAGCAGAGGAGGAUUAGGGCGUUCGUGAUACGAUCAGAGGAUACCAAAUUUGUGACCCCGUUGUUUCAUUCUUUGGUGUGUUUGUCACCUCGAUUUCACAGUCCCUUUGUCACGUGUCAUUAUCAUUUUGUUCAGAUUUGUCACUGUAAUAGGGGACGUUGUUUUAGGCUUAUCCAUGUGCAGAAUGUACGGGUCAUAGAUGCAAAUGCAAGAGCCAUA